AGAAGUGUGCAGGUAACGCGGCUGGAGUCUACAGGUUAAUAAGUUACAGGACUAGCAACUACAGCGGGAGGGUUUGAAGCAUUUGGGAGUGUAGUUAAGCUCCGUACAGAGUCCCGAUGUCAGUGCCGACCGGAGCCCUGCCGGACUUGCGUCACAGGACGGCGGACCGCUCAGCAGCGCUCCCUGGCGGAAUGAACCUGAACUUGCCGCCUGUCGCUCAGCCUGGCGCGGACUUUGCCGAUCCCGAGCCGAACCCGGCCGAAAAGCCCGAGCGGCGUUCGGGAAGUUUCGUGGCGCUGCCGAAGGCUGAGCUCGGGCUGUGUGCGGGGAUGUCUGUGUGUCUGUUUGUCUACAUGUUGUACUGUGCGCUCAGGUUCUGCCUAGAUCACCAGCACCAGCUGAAUGUAGAGGACCUCGGUCCGGGUUGGACCAUUCUGGGCAGGAGAAAAGACGUGCAUGACCCAGAGUGGAGAGAGUGGGUGAAGAGAAUGAGAAUGUGCACAAGUUUCCCGCUGUAUUACCUGGGACAGGCUGUUCUGGGGGCUGUUACAGGCAAACUCUGGCCAAAGGCAAAGCCCCCCCUGUACGCUGUAUACGGAGUCUCCAGUCUUGUCGUGUGUCUGGGCUGGAAACCGGCCGCCGUCGUGCUGAUUCAGGCCGUCCUGACCUUUGCCCUCUCCCGCCUGCGCAGGCCGGCGCUGGUCUGGGGGGUCAAGGUCAUCGUCAUGGCAACUAUAUUCAUGGAGCCCGGCAGCACCUGGCAUUACAACCUUGUGAGGUCCUACUCCAAGUACAGUAUCUACAUGGUGGCCUUGACCUUGUCCUGUCUGCGGGAGAUCAGCUUCGCCAUGGAGCUCAGCUGGGAGACAGAACCAGACCCGGCCGGUUACAGCCUGCUGGACCUUCUGUCCUACAACUUCUACUGGCCGCUGCUGACCUCCGGUCCCGUCAUCAACUACAGCAGCUUCAGGCAGCAGAGGUUAUCUCAGGUCGACUCGGGGCAGCAGAACCUUCCCAGGGUGCUCUGGGGCCUGGCCAGGCUGCUGUUCUGGUUCCUGUUGCUGGACUUUUCCCUGCACUUCUUCUACAUCCACGCUGUGUGUGCUCGCAUGGACAUCCUGCAACAGGCGUCUGUCUUCUCUCUGUAUGGUCUGAUCUAUGCGCAGGUUCAGUUCUUCCAUGUGAAGUACGUGGUUUUCUACGGGCUGGGCUCAACUCUCGCGAGACUGGACGGGAUUUCGUCCCCGCCGCAGCCGAAGUGCGUCGCUACGAUCUACCAGUUCUCAGACAUGUGGAGAUCGUUUGAUCCUGGCCUGUACAAGUGGCUGGUGCGAUACAUCUACUGGCCGCUAGGGGGCUCUCGUAGUGCGACGUUUGUGUUUGUGUACUACUGGCACGGCGCCUCACACAACCUGUUUGUCUGGGCAGCGCUGCAGUUCCUCGGAGUUCUGCUAGAGACCCUCGCUAGACGGGUCAUGCGCCUGCCAGCAGUUAGGGAAUGGGAGGUGAGGCACCUGAGUGCUGCAUCGUCGCGGCGACUGCGUACUUUCCUGAACAGCUGGCCUUUCGAGGCACUGAUCAUCUCUAACCUGGUGUUCCUCACAACUCCUCAGGUCGGAGCGCUUUACGUACAAAAACUCGGCAGUCCCUUGGCGGCGCUUCAGACUGCAGCUGUUCUCUUCUGCAUCGGGCAGUGGACGGUGGAGAUCCGGAAACAGGUGCCACUCACCUGACCAAUCAGGAGGCAGAUCCUACUGAACUGACCAAUCAGGAAGCAGAAGCUGCUGAACUGACCAAUCUGGAAACAGGACUGCUGCUCACCUGACCAAUCAGUAGCAGAUCCUGCUGAACUGACCAAUCAGGAAACAAGUGCUGCUGAACUGACCAAUCAGGGAACAGAUCCUGCUGAACUGACCAAUUAGGAAACAGGUGCCACUUACCUGACCAAUCAGGAGGCAGAUCCUGCUGAACUGACCAAUCAGGAGACAGUACUGCCGCUCACUUGACCAAUCAGGAGACAGUACUGCCGCUCACUUGACCAAUCAGGAAGCAGAUCCUGCUGAACUGACCAAUCAGGAAACAGUACUGCUGCUCACUCGACCAAUCAGGAGACAGUACUGCUGCUCACCUGACCAAUCAGGGAACAGAUGCUGCUGAACUGACCAAUUGGAAAAGAUGUUAACUUAGAAAGGGCUGUGUACAUACAGUAUAUAGGUGGAACUAUAGUGAUGUUUUGUAUCUUUUCAUAUCUUUUUUAUUUUUAUUACAUAUCAUGUAUUUCAUUUAACUGAUGAAGUUCAUAAAUGAUACUCAAAGUAUGGAUCCUUUACAAGUAUCACCCUUCCUGUAGCUUUGUUUAUA